AUGGUUCGGGUGAUCACGAUAGUCCUAAUGAUCGUUCUUGGCGUUCUCGCUCCCGUGAUAGGGAUGAGUUUACUGAUAUUGCAUCUCCUCCCACUUCAUCAUGUUGUCAUCGGGGCUGGUCUCACUUUGGAUGAAGUUCACUCCCUGGUACCACCUCCACCGAUCCUGCCUGAGCUGGAGUUUGGUCCUCUUCCCAUGGAUAUUCCCCCAAUGAGUUCUCUGAAGGUUUACCGAAGAAGAAGGGUCGUGGCAGACCCCAAAAAAGAGGAUGAUGGUUCACAUAAUGCAUCCAGUAAAACCAAUGUGAAGCGCAAGCAACUAGAUGAGGUGGUUAUAUGUGGUGAUUUAUUGGUGUAUGUUGCAGAUUGCGUUGGUCAUAAACGCUUCUGUAGUGGCGAUCGUUCUAAUAAGGCCAAGGAGACUAAUCUUGUGGAGUCUCCUGAGGGUCCACCUUAG